CUCUUCUCAGCAAGCUUUCCAUCAUGAUUGAGCCCUUCUUGGGAACCUGGAAGCUGAUCUCCAGUGAAAACUUUGAGGAAUACAUGAAACAACUGGGGAUGAGCACAGCAGCCCGGAACCUGGCAGGGUUAGCGAAGCCGAGAAUCAGUAUAAGUGCCAAUGGGGAUGAAGUGAACAUCAAAACGGAAAGUUCCUUCAAGAAUACAGAGAUCUCCUUCAAACUGGGGGAAGAAUUUGAUGAAACCACAGCAGACAACCGGAAAGUAAAGAGCAUCAUAACAUUAAACAGUGGUGCGAUGAUUCACGUCCAAAAAUGGCUUGGCAAAGAGACAACAAUCAAAAGACAAAUUGUAGAUGGGAAAAUGGUAGUGGCAUAUACCAUGAAUAAAACUGUCAGUACUCGAAUUUAUGAAAAGGUAUGAAGGAAGUGUCUACAUCAGUGGAAACUUGUUCACUAACAGGAAGCUGGGACUUGAAGAAGAUAUGCC